CUGAUUUUUCACACUGCCAGUGGAGGCCAGACUUAGCCGCAGCGCUGCGCGUAGCGCCGUAGCCGCUGUAGCUCGGAUUGGUACAGGGGAAGAGAUUGAGCUGGGUGUCUGUGAAGGACGAUUGAUAGACUGUCACCAAGGCAAGAGUUCACAUCGGCGCUGUAGGCGCCGCGCAGGCCCCACAGGCCCUUUUCAGCAUGGCGGCAAAAGUGACCAUCGAUGCUAAGACAAUUCAGAGCGUGACUUUGUACACCUGGUUACCAUGGUUCCUCCGGUUGGACGUCUGGCCCUUUGUGUCUUUCUACCUCGCCUGGGCGGGUUUCCUUGUUCCCAGACUCGACAGGACCGGUAGUUUUGUCUGCCUGAUGUUGAUUAUCGUCGUCCACAUCCUGACUGAGCUGUUCACAUACUGGUCCAUCAACUUCAAGGCCCUCGCGCUUUGUGCAAGAGUGAAGGAGAUCAGGAAGGCGGAGGUUGUCAAGGUGGUCCCAAAGAAGUUCAGCGGUCACACGGAGAUUGUUCCGUUGAAAAGGAAGCGGCUGGGGGGGUAUGGCGGCGAAGAGGAGAUCAGUUUCCAGUACAGGAAGCAGCGAUUCAUCUACAGCCGUUCCGAGGCCAUCUUCCGCAAGCUCGACUUCCCAACGAAGUGGAUGUUCAAAGAGUACCUGAGGACGCAAGGCCACGAGACGGAAGCAAAAGCAAAGGCGGCGUUUGACAAAUGGGGACGGAACGCCUUCGAGUUCCCGGCCCCCAAUUUCCUGAGCCUAUACAAGGAGCAGUGCAUGGAGCCAUUCUUUGUGUUCCAGGUGUUUUGUGUGGCGCUCUGGUGCAUGGACGAGUACUGGUACUACAGCAUCUUCACGCUGUUCAUGCUGCUCCUCUUUGAGGGCACCGUCGUCUCGAGCCGCCUGCGCACGCUGCAGGAGCUGCGCCGCGUUAGAGUCGACUCACAAGGCCUCAUGGUCUUCAGGGCGCACCGAUGGAUCCGUCUCCAGGGCGACCAGCUCGUCCCUGGCGACUUGGUGUCAAUCGGCCGCCCCACAGGCCCGGGCGCCGAGGAGCGCACCGUUCCCGGGGACCUUCUACUUCUGGCCGGCACGGCGAUCGCGAACGAGGCGCUGCUGACCGGCGAAAGCACACCCCAGUGGAAGACGCCGAUUCUCGACGAGGAUCCGAAACAGCAGCUGAGCAUACGGAGAGAUAAAGUGCAUGUGCUGUUCGGCGGAACGAAGGUUUUGCAGCACACGGGUGACAAGUCGGCACCCGUGCGGACGCCGGACGGGGGGUGCCUCGCAGUAGUGCUGCGGACGGGGUUCGACACGAGCCAGGGGAAGCUCAUGCGGACCAUCCUGUUCUCGCAGGAGCGCGUGUCGGCCAACAACUGGGAGAGCGGCCUCUUCAUCCUCUUCCUCGUCUUCUUCGCGCUCGCGGCCGCGUACUACGUCCUCAUCAAGGGCCUCGAAGACCCCAACCGCAGCCGCUACAAGCUGCUCCUCAACUGCUCGCUCAUCAUUACGUCAGUCAUCCCCCCGGAACUCCCGAUGGAGCUCAGCAUCGCGGUGAACACGUCGCUCAUCGCGCUCGCGCGCCGCGGGAUCUUCUGCACGGAGCCGUUCCGGAUUCCGUUCGGCGGAAAGGUCGACGUGUGCUGCUUCGACAAGACGGGGACGCUUACCAGCGAUGAUAUGGAGUUUCUGGGCGUGACGGGGCUGGACGGGAAGCAGGAAACCGGGGAGGCGAAUGGAGGGCCCGGGGGCAGCUGCUCCGAGGAGCUUAUUUCCGACCCGGCGACCCUCCCCGAGCUGUCCGUCUUCACCCUUGCCGCGUGCCACUCGCUCGUCUUCGUCGACGGGAAGCAGGUGGGGGAUCCCCUUGAGCAAGCAGCGCUGAAGGGCGUCGGUUGGAGCUACACGCAGGACGAGCGCGCGCUGGCCAAGACUGGGAAGGGCCCGCAGCGGGGCGCGCAGAUUGUACACCGGUUCCAUUUUGCGAGCCACCUAAAGCGCAUGUCGGUGCUCGCGAAGCUGCUGGAGGUGCCGCGGGAGCUGGCCGAGGGCUACUUUGUGCUGGUCAAGGGCGCCCCCGAGACCAUCCAGGAACGCCUGGCCCACGUGCCCGCCGGCUACGAGGCCGCGUACAAGCGCUUCACGCGGCAGGGCUCGCGCGUUCUGACGCUCGCGUACAAGCACCUCCCCGACAUGCCCGUCGGCGACCUCCGCUCGCUCGAGCGCGACGCCGCAGAAUCUGACCUCACGUUCGCAGGGUUCGCUGUCUUCGCGUGCCCGCUGCGGAACGAUUCCGCAGAUGCGCUGUUGAGCCUGAAGAACUCGAGCCACGAGCUGGUGAUGAUCACGGGGGAUCAAGCGCUCACGGCGUGCCACGUGGCAGCCCAGGUGCACAUCGUAGACCGGCCGGUGCUGAUCCUGACGGAGCGGAAGACGGGGGGUUGGGAGUGGUUGUCGCCGGAUGAGGCGACUGCGGUGGAGUACGAGAAGGAAGGCGUGGAGGAGAUUGCGUGCGAGUAUGACCUCUGUGUGGCGGGCAAGGGGAUCGAGAUGCUGCAGCAAACAGGCGCCCUCCCGAGCGUCAUUCCCCGGACCCAGGUCUUCGCCCGGGUCGCCCCCGAGCAAAAGGAGCUUAUUCUCACCACGCUCAAGGAGUCCGGGCGCACCGCGCUGAUGUGCGGGGACGGCACAAACGACGUGGGUGCGCUGAAACAGGCCCACGUGGGGGUGGCGCUCUUGAAUGCGCCGAUGCCAAAGAAGAAGGAGAAGAAAGAGGAGCCGGCGAGAACGGAGAGUGGGGCGUUGGCGGGGCCGUCGGAAGGGCCAGAGAAGAAGAGCCGAAAGAAAGAGAUUGUGCCGUCAACCGGUCCCGACGGCCGCGGCAAGGAGCUCUCCCCGAGCGCCGCCCGGCUCAAGGCCCGCCAAGACAAACUUGCAAAGCAGCAGCAGCAUCUACAGGAGCAGCUGGCGAAGCUGAAAGAGGAAGGGGAGCCCAAUAUGGUGCGCCUGGGGGACGCGUCCAUGGCGGCCGCGUUCACGGCCAAGCACGCGAGCGUCAUGCCCACGACCGACAUCAUCCGGCAGGGGCGAUGCACGCUUGUCACCACGCUGCAGAUGUUCAAGAUCCUGGGCCUCAACUGCCUGGCAACGGCUUACGUGCUGAGCGUGAUGUACCUGGACGGCGUGAAGCUGGGCGACGUGCAGGCGACGAUCGGGGGCAUGUUCACCGCGGCCUUCUUCAUGUUCCUCUCCAACGCCAAGCCCCUCGAGACGCUCUCGCGCGAGCGGCCGCACCCCAACAUCUUCUCGCUGUACGUCAUCCUGUCGUUGCUGGGCCAGUUCGCCAUCCACAUCACGUUCCUGAUCACGGCCGUGCGCGGCGCGGCCGCCUACAUGCCGGAGCAGUGCAUCGAGCCGGACUCUAGCUUCAGCCCCAACCUAGUUAACACCGUCUCCUACAUGGUCAACAUGAUGAUCCAGGUGGCAACUUUUGCGGUGAACUACGUGGGCCACCCGUUCAACGCGAGCAUCACCGAGAACAAGCCCUUCUACUACGCGCUCCUUUCGGCCGGCGUCUUCUUCUGGGUGCUCACGUCGGACACCAUUCGGCCCCUGAACGACUACAUGGAGCUCGUGCCCUUGCCCCGGGACUUCGGCAACACGCUGCUCCUCAUGUCCGCCUUGGACUUUGCGCUCGCCUAUUUUUUGGAGAGGGUGCUUCGCAAGCUGCUCCCAGCAAAGAUACCGAGCAGCCACAAGGGUCAGUCAAGUAAAGCGGAUAAAAACCUGCUCGAAGCGAAGAAAGUCAAUUAGCCCACGAUUAUUCAUCUUUAAGGCGCCUGGCCCAUGAUCGGUCUUGGUGCUGGCAAUCGUUGCACAAGUCUAUUCCGGAUGCGAGUCACAAGUGGAAACAAGGCUUCUGAGGUUGAGAAUCAUAAUCGUGCAGGCCAAAACCUGUACAUGUACCAUUCUUGCAAUUUAAUGAACACCGUAUCUGCUCGGGCAAAUAAAUUCCUUGACGAUCAACUAAGUUCGUACAUUCUACGAGAUGCAUGGCCGG